AUGUUGAAGUUUAAAUGUGGUGUCCGAAAUCCAGUAGAGGCAGGACCGAUGGAGUCCAUCACCAGCCGAAUUUCUCGGCUAAAUCUGCUCUUCCAGGGAAAGCCGCUCUUUGUGACUCAACAGCAGAUGUCUCCUCUCUCCCGGGAAGGCAUCCUUGAUUCUUUAUUCGUUCUUUUUGAAGAGUGCAAAAAUCCCACCUUGAUGAAAAUUAAACAUGUUGGCAACUUUGUCAAGAAGUAUGCAGAGACUAUAGCUGAAUUAAGGGAACUGCAACCCAGUGUGAAGGAUUUUGAAGUAAAGAGUGUGGUUGGCUGUGGUCACUUUGCGGAUGUAAAACUAGUAAGAGAGAAAGUCACGGGUGAUGUGUAUGCUAUGAAGGUGAUGAGCAAGGAGUCCUUGUUGGCACAGGAGCAUGCGUCAUUUUUUGAGGAAGAACGCAGUAUAUUAUCUCAGAGUACCAGUCCCUGGAUUCCACAGUUACAAUAUGCAUUUCAAGACAAGAAAAAUCUCUACUUGGUUAUGGAGUAUCAGCCUGGAGGGGACUUGCUGUCACUCUUAAACCGAUACGAGGACCAACUGGAUGAGAGCAUGGUGCAGUUUUAUCUUGCAGAGUUGGUUUUAGCCAUUCACAGCGUCCAUCAGAUGGGAUAUAUACACCGAGAUAUCAAACCAGAGAAUGUUCUUAUUGACCGGACAGGACACAUUAAACUGGCGGACUUUGGGUCAGCUGCCAAAAUGACAGUAAACAAAACGGUAAAUGCCAAGCUACCUGUUGGCACACCUGACUACAUGGCACCAGAGUUGCUAACGGGCUUGAAUGGGGAUUGCAAAGCUUCUUAUGGCCUGGAAUGCGACUGGUGGUCCCUAGGAGUCAUUGCGUAUGAAAUGAUUUAUGGAAGGUCUCCGUUCACGGAAGGGACUUCAGCAAAAACUUUCAAUAACAUCAUGAACUUCCAGAGAUUUCUGAAGUUUCCAGAGGAUGUGAAAGUUAGCAGUGAAUUUCUUGAUCUGAUCCAGAGUUUGCUCUGUGGGCAGAAGGAAAGACUGGGUUAUGAGGGACUCUGCUGUCAUCCAUUUUUUUCCAAAAUUGACUGGAAUAAUAUCCGUAACUCUCCUCCUCCCUUCGUUCCUACUCUCAAGUCUGAUGAUGACACCUCAAAUUUCGAUGAACCAGAGAAGAAUUUGCGGGUUUUAUCCUCUACGCGCCAGUUGAACCCAGCAGGCUUCUCGGGUGAAGAUUUGCCGUUUGUGGGGUUUUCAUUCAUCAAGGCAUUAGGGAACCUCAGAUCAGAAUCUGUUUUUUCAAGUGUGGAUUCUCCAGCCAAGGUCAGCUCCAUGGAAAAGAAACUUCUUAUCAAGAGCAAAGAACUCCAAGACGCCCAGGACAAGUGUCACAAGAUGGAGCAGGAAAUGACGCGGUUGCACCGGAGAGUGUCAGAGGUGGAGGCUGUACUUAGCCAAAAGGAGGUGGAACUGAAAGCCUCUGAGACCCAGCGAUCCCUCCUGGAGCAGGACCUGGCCACCUAUAUCACAGAAUGCAGUAGCUUAAAGCGAAGCCUGGAGCAGGCACGAAUGGAGGUGUCUCAGGAAGAUGAUAAGGCACUGCAGCUACUUCAUGAUAUCAGAGAGCAGAGCCGAAAACUGCAAGAGAUCAAAGAACAGGAAUAUCAAGCUCAAGUAGAAGAAAUGAGGUUGAUGAUGAAUCAAUUAGAAGAGGAUCUUAUUUCAGCUCGCAGGCGUAGUGAUCUUUACGAAUCAGAGUUGAGAGAGUCCCGACUGGCAGCUGAAGAGUUCAAACGUAAAGCUGCUGAAUGUCACAACAAAUUGCAAAAGGUUAAAGAUCAAGGAAAAAAUGAAGCAGGAGAGUUGUAUUGCAAAUUGGAGAAGAUCAAUACCGAGCAGCAGGCCAAGAUCCAGGAGCUGCAGGAAAAGCUGACAAAGGCUGUGAAAGCUAGCUCAGAGGCAACUGAACUUCUUCAAAAUAUCCGUCAAGCAAAGGAGAGAGCCGAGAAGGAGUUAGAGAAACUGCAGAAUCGGGAAGAUUCAAAUGAAAGCAUGAAGAAGAAAUUGCUUGAAGCAGAGGAACGGCGCCAUUCUCUGGAGAAUCAAGUGAAGAGAUUAGAAACUGUGGAACGAAGAGAAAACCGUCUAAAAGAAGAUAUUCAGACUAAAUCUCAACAGAUUCAACAGAUGGCAGAAAAAAUUCUGGAGCUGGAAGAAAAGCAUCGUGAGGCUCAGAUCGCAGCACAACAUCUGGAGUUGCAGCUGAAACAGAAGGAGCAAUUCUAUGAGGAAAAACUUAAAGUGUUGGAAAAUCAGAUGAAGAAAGAUCUUGCAGAUAAGGAAGCACUUGAGAAUAUGCUCAGAAGACAUGAAGAAGAAGCACGUGAGAAAUGUAAAGUCCUGGCUGAACAGAAGGCGAUGAUCAAUGCGAUGGAUUCGAAGAUUAGGUCACUGGAGCAGAGAAUAGUGGAACUGUCUGAGGCCAAUAAACUGGCAGCAAAUAGCAGCCUCUUUACCCAGAGGAACAUGAAAGCCCAAGAGGAGAUGAUUUCAGAGCUCAGGCAGCAGAAGUUCUACUUGGAAACACAAGCUGGAAAGUUAGAGGCCCAGAAUCGAAAAUUAGAAGAACAAUUGGAGAAGAUGAGUCACCAAGAUCACACUGACAAGAACCGCCUGCUGGAGUUGGAGACCAGGCUGCGAGAG